GAGAACGUCAACGUCAAUCCAUCAACCAUUUCAGUAGUCCAGAUCCAGUAACACCCGAGCAUUGCGCAUUCGCUAUCGCCCUCAAUCGUAGCCUUAAAUAAGUCCUUUUAUUUCGGCGUGCGACCUUUAUUACCAUUCAUCCAGCCUUGACAACCUGACAACCUCAACCCUUUCGCCUCCAGCCUCCUUUCACCAUGUCGAACCCUCUCGAUACCGACGCUGGCUCUGAGCUUUUCAGCUCUUACGAAGCCGAGUACAAACUCAUCCAAGCCGAUCUGAACCAGAAACUCGAUCAAAUCCCCGAACUGGCCGGCGAGCCUCGAAAGGCUGCCAUCAGCCAAGCCGAGCGGGCGCUUGAGGAACUCGAUGAACAGCUCAGCGCAAUGCGCCUGGAGAAGCAGAACAUCCCGACCAGCUCCCGCACCAAAGUCAACCAACGCUUCCGAAACUACGAAUCAGACACAGACGCCGCUCGUCGCAAGUUGACCACCCUGUCCUCCGACCGUUCAGCGCUUUUUGGAUCGCGAUACACAGACGACCCCGCUGGUUCAUCAGAUGUCAACAUGGAGCAGCGACAACAGUUGCUUUCCGGCACGGACCGCCUUGAUCGAAGCACACAGCGAUUGAAGAACAGCCAAGCCCUUGCCCAUGAGACCGAGGCCAUUGGUGCCGAUACCCUGGCAAAUCUUGGUAGACAGCGAGAGGUCAUUCAGGGUACCCGGAUCACACUGCUUGAGAGUGAGGGCUAUGUGGACAGGAGUGUCAAGACACUCAGGGGCAUGGCGCGUAGGAUGGCUACAAAUCGGAUAAUCACUAUUUCCAUCAUCACUGUUUUGGUUAUUCUUAUUGUCGCAGUUAUCUUCAGCAAGUUCCGAUGAGGGAUCAAUUUGGUUAUUGGAGUUUUAGGCAGUCGCUUUUCAACUUGGCUUGCAUACGGGUUGACUAAUGGGCCUUACGCGUACUUUCGUUUUAUGAAGGAGUUUAGCAAGUUUAAUGAUUUGUAGAAGUAGACCGAUCUUUUUUUGUCUCACUGUACCUAUACAAAUUUUGAGACUACGAGAAAUGACCGAAUGUUUGUAAAGCGAUACU